UCAGAAAUCAGAAAAGAAAACUUACAAAGUUGUGCAAUUCUACUAAUAACCGCCAUAACCUGCCAUGGAACAACUUGCAGUUUUCACUGCAUUCACAGCUGCACUCUUGCUUGCAGCAAAUGCUUUACCUACCAUUAGUGACCACAGUAGCCAGCUCACAGAUGAUGCCCCUACUGAGCUGCAUAGCCUCAACCAACCUCGAAGUCAAGCUAAAGGAGUCUUUGGAUUUUCAUACAAUGCCAAUGGGGAGCAUGUCAUCGAAAAACAUUAUGAGAACACCGAAGAAAUUGAAGACAUGAUAUUCGAAGACUCUUCAAUGGAGCAAGAAAACAGUGAACAGUACCGGAACAAAAGAAAUGCAGUGUCAAACCUAUGGCCUGGUGGGAUUAUCCCUUACGAGAUAGCACCCGAGUUUGAUGCUCAAGAGAGGAGGAUCAUACUGCAAGCAAUGCGUCAUUGGGAAGAGAACUGUUGCAUUCGUUUUCGCCCUCGAGUCUCUGAUAUCUACUCCAUUCGAAUAGUGACCAGUUCACCUGGAGACUGUCGAUCUUACCUAGGACGGACAAGAAUACGACCUCAACCAUUGUUUCUUGGUCCCAACUGUGUCCGAUUUUCUACUGCAGUCCACGAGCUUGGCCAUGCAAUUGGAUUCUACCAUGAACAUAGUCGUAGUGACAGGGAUCAAUAUGUGACUAUCCUGCAAAAUAAUGUUUUUUCUGGCAUCACUGGAGCGUUUGGAAUAAGCUUUGGAAACACCCUUGGACUAGGCUAUGACUAUGCCAGUAUCAUGCACUACUCUAGCAGAGCAUUCUCAAGAGAUGGACGAAGUGAAACCAUACAAGCCAACCAACCUAACAUCCCAAUUGGAGAGGCUGAGGAACUGAGUCCUCUGGACAUAUUAAAGGCAAACAAGCUCUACAACUGCCCUUGCCCACUUUCUCCUCCGAACACUGUUGUUCCACCGGCCUUACCUCCUGUGAACCCCAGCCGCAGCCGCUGUGGAACAGUGGAGGUUCUGAGUGGUGGUGAGAUGAGAACAGUACGAUCCCCUGGGUACCCAUCUCACCUCCCAAAUCAAGAGUGUGCCUUUGUGUUUCAAUGUCCCAGUGGUUUCCUUCCUCAAAUCGAAUUUCCAUCAAUGAACUUAGAAUCAAGCUCUGGUUGUACUAAAGAUUAUGCUCAACUCUAUUUUGGUUCGAGCUUGGACAAUCAGGAUAUUAUUAGAUAUGGUGGUCUCACCGAUGGAAGGAUCUGCGGAAAUCGAUACAGUCGAACAAGAUUCUUUGCAAGUACCAACACUAUUACCGUCUUUUAUCGAACUGACAGUUCUGGGGGAAGCACUGGACUUCAAAUUAAAAUCACCUGUAUAGAUGAGGAUGAAUGUCAAAGUGCCAGAUGUGACAACUGUAGAAAUACUCAGGGUUCAUUUGAGUGCAGUUGUAAAAAAGGUUACUAUUUUUCAAAAGCUGCGACAACCUGCUACGAUAUAAACGAAUGUGCCUACCAGAAAGGAGGGUGUGAAUACAAAUGUGUCAACAUGGGUGGCUCUUACAGAUGUCAGUGUCCAUUUGGUCAGUACGUACAAUCGGAUGGCAAAAGCUGUGGACCUAGACAAUCUAACCCUUCAUUGCCAAUUGCACCACAAUUGCCGUCAUCAUGUCCUGUGACACCCCCUCCCACUAUAACUACACCACGUCCUACUACACGCCCCACCUCCCGUCCUACUACACGCCCCACCCCCCGUCCUACUACACGUCCCACCCCCCGUCCUACUACACGCCCUACCCCCCGUCCUACUACACCCCCCACCACCCGUCCUACCACAUCUCCUCCUUCCCUAUGCGGUGGAAGUUUAACAGGUGAUUUUGGAAGCUUACAAACUCCUUCUUGGCCUGCGACUUACCCUUUCAAUUUUGACUGUGAAUGGAACAUCCAAGUGCCUUCUCCAGGUUGCAAUGUUCGCCUCACAUUCCAUUCAAUCUUUGGAAUAGCUGGAAAAACAACUCAAAACUGUCCCAAAGAUUAUUUGAAGAUCUACAAUAAUAACGGCCGCUUGAUUCGCACCAUUUGUGACCUUGGUAGACCUCUUCCGAUCACUACAACUGGCAAUACCAGACUAUACUUCUUUGCUGGACCAUAUCAUGGACCAAAACGUACGGGAUUCAGGAUUGAGUACAUGAUAGUCUGUCCAACCACUCCCCCGCCUACCACCAGGCCAACUACAGUAGCCACGACAUCACCAGAUCCAACCACUCCCCUACCUACCACCAGGCCAACUACAGUAGCCACGACAUCACCAGAUCCAACCACUCCCCUACCUACCACCAGGCCAACUACAGUAGCCACGACAUCACCAGAUCCAACCACUCCCCUACCUACCACCAGGCCAACUACAGUAGCCACGACAUCACCAGAUACAACUACUCCCCUACCCACCACCAGGCCAACUACUAGACCCACCACCCGUCCUACCACAUCUCCUCCUUCCUUAUGCGGUGGAAGUUUAACAGAUGAUUUUGGAAGCUUACAAACUCCUUCUUGGCCUGCGACUUACCCUUUCAAUUUUGACUGUGAAUGGAACAUCCAAGUGCCUUCUCCAGGUUGCAAUGUUCGCCUCACAUUCCAUUCAAUCUUUGGAAUAGCUGGAAAAACAACUCAAAACUGUCCCAAAGAUUAUUUGAAGAUCUACAAUAAUAACGGCCGCUUGAUUCGCACCAUUUGUGACCUUGGUAGACCUUUUCCCAUCACUACAACUGGCAAUACCAGACUAUACUUCUUUGCUGGACCAUAUCAUGGACCAAAACGUACGGGAUUCAGGAUUGAGUAUACGAUAGUCUGUCCAACCACUCCCUCGCCCAUCACCAGGCCAACUACAGUAGCCACGACAUCACCAGAUCCAACCACUCCCCUGCCCACCACCAGGCCAACUACUAGACCCACCACACCUCCAACCACCCUCGCUCCCACUACGCUACCACCACCCACUCCGAAUUGCCCUGUUUUACCAUCCAACCCUCAAGGAACGUUCGGUUGUGGUGGAUUCUUCCAGAUAGGUCAAAGUUUCGGACCUACUAAUCUGCCCUUUGGGCCUUUCCUUGGCACUACAAAGCCUGAAUGCAAUUGGAUAAUUUUCGGUGUUGGACCAUUCCAAGUCGUGUUCAAUUAUUUCGAUAUUCCCAGCAGUAGGCAAUGUUCGUCUAAUUCUGUUUCGGUGCACGAUGGAUUUGGAACUGGUUCAAAUUCUCCAUUGAUUGAGAAGAUGUGUGGGGAGAAGUGUGGCGAGUACACAGUCAAAGGGACAGGAAAUAUCAUGACCGUGACUCUGCGGGUGUCUUCCCCAGGAUCGUUCAGAGGAUUCUAUGCACAAUCACAAAAAAUUUAAGUGAUAAACCAACAUUUAUAUAAAUCAUAAUUAUUUCACAUAAUAUAUUUUGAUCGUCACUUUAUUCUAAUCACUGAAAGCCAUAUAUUUUGCUGUGAAUCAUAGCGUGUUCGUUAUUAUUAUUACAUUGGUUAAAAACUAAA